AGAGCAGAGGCACUCAGUCUGGCAGUUGCUAGGGCUUUAAAGGAGUUGGUGGAUUUCAGCUGGGUUUAAACAAGAUUGAAGGGGUGGGAUUUUUUUUUCUCCUCUACAGUGUAGGAAUACUGAAAGGACAAAAAGAUACUGGAAAUAAUGAAAAAAGCGUGCCACAACUCCUGAUCAGAGACCUGAAAUUUGAGAAGAAGUCAUUAGCUAAGCUCAUGUUUUCUCCUGAUCAAGAAAAUCAUCCAUCAAAAGCACCAGUGAAAUAUGGUGAAUUGAUUGUAUUAGGGUACAAUGGGUCUCUCCCAAAUGGAGAUAGAGGAAGAAGAAAAAGUAGAUUUGCUUUAUUUAAAAGGCCCAAGGCAAACGGGGUGAAGCCUAGCACUGUGCAUAUUGCCUGUACCCCUCAAGCAGCAAAGGCAAUAAGUAAUAAGGACCAACACAGCAUAUCUUACACUUUGUCUCGGGCCCAGACAGUAGUAGUUGAAUACACACAUGACAGCAACACAGAUAUGUUCCAGAUUGGUCGGUCGACGGAGAGUCCCAUAGACUUUGUCGUGACAGAUACAGUUCCUGGAAGUCAGAGUAAUUCCGAUACGCAGUCUGUGCAGAGCACUAUAUCAAGGUUUGCCUGCAGAAUCAUUUGUGAACGUAACCCUCCUUUUACAGCAAGAAUAUACGCUGCGGGAUUUGACUCCUCAAAAAACAUCUUUCUUGGGGAGAAAGCUGCGAAGUGGAAGACCUCAGAUGGGCAAAUGGAUGGCCUGACCACAAACGGAGUUCUCGUUAUGCAUCCUCGUAAUGGAUUUACAGAAGAUUCCAAGCCAGGGGUGUGGAGAGAGAUAUCUGUGUGUGGGAAUGUUUUCAGCCUCCGGGAAACCAGAUCAGCUCAGCAGAGGGGAAAAAUGGUUGAGAACGAAACGAACCAACUCCAGGACGGCUCUCUGAUCGACCUGUGUGGAGCAACGCUGCUGUGGCGCACGGCAGAAGGGCUUUCGCGCACUCCUACCGUCAAGCACCUGGAGGCACUGAGACAGGAAAUAAACGCAGCGAGGCCCCAGUGUCCCGUGGGCUUUAACACCUUGGCCUUCCCCAGCAUGAAGAGAAAAGAUGUUGUAGACGAAAAGCAGCCGUGGGUGUAUCUGAACUGCGGCCACGUCCAUGGCUAUCACAACUGGGGAAACAAGGAGGAGAGGGACGGCAAGGAUCGCGAGUGCCCCAUGUGCCGCUCCGUCGGCCCCUACGUGCCUCUGUGGCUGGGCUGCGAGGCGGGGUUUUACGUGGACGCGGGCCCCCCGACUCACGCGUUCAGCCCCUGCGGACACGUGUGCUCGGAAAAGACAACGGCGUAUUGGUCCCAAAUCCCUCUGCCUCACGGGACUCACACUUUUCACGCAGCCUGUCCGUUCUGUGCGCAUCAGCUGGCUGGUGAGCAAGGUUACAUCAGACUCAUUUUCCAGGGGCCUCUCGACUAGCCCGCGCCUUGCCGAGGACUGCCGUAAACUGAUAAGCUAAGCGAUCCUCGUUUUUAAACCAACUGUUUUUCUUAUUCUCCGGGCUUUGCUGGUUUGCAUUAAGAUGAAGAAUUUUGGGGUUUUUGUUACAACAGCCAAAUCCCUCUCUAUUGAGAAAAGUUUGACAGUGGAAGAAACUGAGGGGGGGCGGCGGGGGGGAAACUCCUGCUUUUUUUUUUUUAAUUUUUUUUAGUUAAUAACUACUUCUGAAGAGGUGAAGGAAAUGUAGAGUGAACUUCGAUGCCUUCCCUUUAAUAGUUUUGAAUCACAUGCCCACAGUGUUUGAAAGCUCUUUCAUUCCUUUUGUAUAUGGAGGGUAAAUAGUUCAAAGAACAUUAGUUUACAGCUUGGAUGCAAACAAUGUAAAAUAUA